GCGGGGAUGGGGGGCUCCAGAGUCACCUGGCGACCCUGACUGACCCCGAGGCCUUGGGGGUCACUAGCACAAGUCUGCCGUUUAUCUGAAACACUCUGAGCUCUAUAAGCCUCAACAUUUGGGGAGAGGGGAGAUGUGGCAUUCAAAGCUCUGCUCCACCGGACCCCACGUUCCGCCCGUUGGGCCACUCUCUGCCUCAGUUAUCUCACUCAUUCUCCCCCGCUCCGUGGCUCAAUUUCUUCAUAUUGCCCUUCUUUCCCCACUACGUGCUUGUUUCGACUCUGUGCCUCGGUUUCCCCACUACGGGCUUCAAGUUCCCGAGGGAUUCUGGGAAGGUCAUUUUAGGCCUUUUGAGGACGCUUCUAGGAAGUGUGGACCCGAGCAGGCCGCGUGGCCUCCUGGGAAGUUGAGUCCGGCGUUAGUCGCGGGGGCUUCUGGGAAGGCCAGGCGUCCCAUGCACGCCUCCGCCUGACUACCUGGUUUUGCGGGCCCACCGCGGGAGGUUCUGGGAAGACGAGUCCCACUGCAGGCCAAGGGGCUUCUGGGAAAGUGUCCCGCAAGAGACAGCAGGGGCUUCUGGGAAAGCGUUCCGAAAGAAGCCGUGAGGAUUUCUGGGAAGAUCAGUCUUGGCGCGGGGACCUCUGGGAAGGACCCUGGAUGUCGGGGAGCCCGGGGCCCCCCGAGGAGCGGGGCGCGGAGCCCCCCGUGCCCGUGUACCACGAGCGGCAGCGCCUGGAGCUCUGCGCCGUGCACGCGCUCAACAACGUCCUGCAGCAGCGCCUCUUCAGCCAGGAAGCGGCCGAUGAGAUCUGCAAGAGGUUGGCCCCCGAUUCCCGCCUGAACCCUCAUCGAAGCCUCCUGGGCACGGGGAAUUACGAUGUGAACGUCAUCAUGGCUGCUCUUCAGGGCCUGGGGCUGGCGGCCGUGUGGUGGGACCGGCGGCGGCCCUUGGCCCAGCUGGCCCUGCCCCAGGUCCUGGGCUUCAUCCUGAACCUGCCCUCCCCCGUCUCCCUGGGCGUGCUGUCCCUGCCCCUGCAGCGGCGCCACUGGGUGGCCUUGCGCCAGGUGGGCAACGUCUACUACAACUUGGACUCGAAGCUUCGGGAGCCCGUGGCCCUGGGCGGCGAGGCCGAGCUCAGGGACUUCCUGUCGGCCGCCCUGGCCGAGGGCCCGUGUGAGGUGCUUCUGGUGGUCACCAAAGAGGUGGAGGGCGGGGCAGCUGGCUGCAGGCGGCCUGAGCGCCCCGCCCCCACGGCCCGGCCCGCCGGGCGCCUACCUCUCCCUGUCACUGCUGCUGGCCUCGGCCGCCUCACUAAUCAGUGAGGAUGCGGACAAGGAAGACGCCCCCCAGAGCCCCAACCUCACCAAGGCAUCUGGGAUCCGCAGCAGCCUCCAGGACACCGAUGCCCCCAACGCCCCUUCCUUAACAGGCUGGCCUGCUCCUCGGACCCCCUGGGAAAGAGCGCCCGCCGGAGAGCAGCUGACCGCGAGGAGAGCGCCCGCCCGAGAGCAGCUGACCACGAGGAGAGCGCCCGCCCGAGAGCGGCUGACGGCGAGGAGAGCACUGGCCCGAGAGCGGCUGACGGCGAGGAGAGCGCCCGCCCGAGAGCAGCUGACCCGAGGAGAGCGCCGGCCGGAGAGCAGCUGACGGCGAGGAGAGCGCCGGCCCGAGAGCGGCUGACAGUAACAGUGCCCACCUGAGAGACCUAGGACUAGGAGCCCCGGCCACCAGCCGCGGGCCCAGACUGAGCCGGAGACUUCUCUGGCGGGCCUGCCGCUGCCCCGGCCUGAUGCGCGCGCUCCGGACGAGGAGCGUGGGGCCGGGAUAAGCAUUAACAGCCCCGGCCACUGCAGGGCCAGGAAGCCCCUCCCCCAGUCUCCCCACACUGACCCAGCAGGGCACCAGCUUCCAUCCCUGAGGGGGACUUCGGGCGUCCAGCUCCACCUCCUGGUGAAACCUGAAACUGCGCCCCCCCUUAGACACCCACAAGCCCUUGAUGGGAAGCCCCCCGCGCGGAGCCCUCCCCGGAAGCCCUGUAAGGUGCAGGCUGACACUGUCCCCAGAAGCCCAAUAUUCUCGCCCCUCACGCCCCUUUCCCUGCCCCCACCCUGCACAGGGGGAACGUCCGUGGCUGACCCCUUGCUGGGGCAGAGACUUGGAUGACGCAUCCCCGCCACAGCUGCCGCCAGCUCCCCCAGACCCCGCCGGCCCAGCGCCUCCUGCUCGCUAGGCCUCCCCCUCAGCGCCCACGUUGGGCUGGACCCAGUGGAGCAAGAAGCAGGGGGUGGGGCGCGCGCCGCCCGGAGCCGAAGCACCGGCGAGGCUUUCUCUGUUCACGUGGCCGGGCCCACGGCGGGCCCCUCCUGCUUCUGUCCGGCGCCGAAUGUCUGAGUUCUAAAGCCGUGCGGACACGCGGCCCCCGGCCUCCCCAAAGCCCCGGCGCGUUCCCGGCCUCCCCAAAGCCCCGGCGCGCUCCCGGCCUCCCCAAAGCCCCGGCGCGCUCCCGGCCUCCCCAACUUCCCCAAAGCCCCGGCACGUUCCCGGCCUCCCCAAACCCCCGGCGCGCUCCUCGGGCGCGCGCGCGGUCUGCGGCGUCUCUCGGCCUCCCGGCUCGCGGGCUGCUGGGGGGGCGUCACCGCCCCGGGUGAGGAGUUACCCGGGGUGGGGCCCGAACUCGCUCAGGGAGAGCGGCUCCUUUGUGCAGACGGGGCGGCCCCGCGGGAGCAUCUGCAGGCAGCGGGCGGCGGCGAGCACCAACUCUGAACCCAAUGAAGCUUCCACUGCCCCAGUUCCCUUAUUCCCGCACUAAGUCACCAAGUGAAUAAAUAAAUGCUCCCGUUACAUUUUGAACUCUGCCAACAGAA